AAAAGAUAAAAGUGGUUUUUAAGCAGUCGUACUAUUAACAAGAGGCUACAGGUAGUAAUUUCAAAAUGUCUCGUGUAAUGAACAUUGACGUUCUAAUGAAUUUUGUUUGCUCAGCAUCCCUUUUAAGUAAAAAUUUAUAUUCCAGACCAAAUGCUUGCUUGCCAACAAAUGUGAGCUCCCUAAAUAUAUCCUCGUCAAGUUUCCUCUACAUCCGAAAUUUGUCUGAUACCAGAAUGUAGCAAAGAAGAUUCUGGACAGUCUACUGAAAUGUCGGUGAACAUAGGGCACCUAGCAUCUCUCCUUAACAUCUCUUCCGAGUAUGAUUUCUGCCUGACACCUGGAUGCGCUAAAGCAGCUGUCGAAAUCCUGUCCAAUUUGAAUCAAAGCGUAGAACCUUGUGAAGACUUCUACCAGUUUGCCUGUGGUGGUUGGCUGAACAGACAUGAAGUUUCUGAUAUCAAGCAUUACAUCUCUACCGCUAAAGAAAUUGAAAACGAUAUCCACCUUAAACUCCGAGAUCUGCUAGAAAAUACAAUGACAAAAAAUGAAUCUAAAUAUGUUUCCGAUUUAAAAUCAUCCUAUGACAAGUGUAAGAAAAAAG